AUGAUCAUCCUGAGUACCAUCAUCUGCUUCAGUAUCUUUUUUUUCAGUCUUCAGGCCAGGGUGUCAUUUGGGGACAAGCAGGCUGGUUUAACCUUUUUCAUCCAGAAACCUGUUGCGUCGGCCGUUACUAGAUACAGAAACAAAAUAAAGCGUGUGCUCGGUGUUUUGGAAACCAUUCUUCAAGACAAGGAAUACCUUGUUGCUAGCAAGUGUACCAUUGCCGACUUGUCAUUUGUAAACUGGAACGUUUUCCUACCAUUUCUCUUUGCGGGAGGUAAAUUCAAAUUCAAGAAAGAUAUGCCACAGUUGGAAUUUGAGAAAGAAUUCCCUAAUACGUACGCGUGA